CCUCUUAGUUUUGUUAUAAGUAUAACUUAGUUUCAUUUUCGAUCUCUCACUAGCUAUUUAUGUAAAAGUUUUAAGAAGGGCUGUUAACGAUCAGAAAUGUUUAAUCUACUAUGGUACCUCUUGAUCGUAGUCAUCAUUUGUAUGAACACUGUUCAUCCUCAAAGCGACUGCAGCAAAGAAGACGAACUCUACGUAAUAAGAAGCAUAUCGUCAGGUUUGGUAUUAGAUGCUUCGGAGCCAGAUGAAAUCCAGAUAAAUUAUUUCACGGGAUAUUCUCCACAACUGUGGAAAUUUGAGCGUGGUAGUCACGCCGGUGUGUUUCGCAUUGUCAACAACGCUACAGGAUCUCCAUUGGACUAUAGCUAUUACGUUGAAGAGUGGUACGUCCUUACCGUCAAUGCAUCCUCAGAGCAGGAAUUUUACAUCAACGCAAAAGGUACCAUCACCAAUGUAAAAACGCUGUGGAAUAUUGACAUACAUCACAACUACACAGCCGCAGGAAGUCCGGUGGGACUGCACGCCGAAAAUCCUAAUAACUUGGCUCAGCAGUUCACGUUGCAAGAAAAAAUGCUCUUGGGAAAACAUGAACCAUAAAUUGUUAGUCAUUAUCAUUAUUAUCAGCGGUUGUCUCAACUUAUAAAAUAAAACAUCACUUAAGUUAUCUAACUUUAA